AUGUCGACGACGUUAUUUGCGAAUCUUCUACCUGACGUUGUCGAUGUUUUCGACGUGAUUAACGAGUCUGAGGCAAGCACGACUCCACAGCUCAAGAAGAAGCUCGUGCAAGCUUCCAAUUCUCUCAGGGAUGACCUGAGCCGGGCGAGAGAAGCUGCAUACAACAUUGAGGGCGGUUAUCUCUCUCUCGAGGAGGAAGAGGUGAUUACUGAGAUGCUCAAGAGUUUGAUUGCUCGCAAGCGGUGUGUGCCAUUAACUUGAUACACGCAUCCCGCU